AUGGUUGAAGUGGAGGAAGUUGAAGAAGAAGAUGAAGUGCAAAACUUGGUCGAAGAAGAAAUACCUUACCCCGGAAAUGAAACACCAAAGGAAGCAGAAGCUGCAAAUGAUGCCAUUCCUAUCCCAUUUCCACACCUUACACGGAAAUCUAAAAAGCAGAUGGAACUUGAUCCCAAAAUGAAAGAUAUUGAGUUUGAGUUCAGCGAGGAUUGCAUGCAAGCAUUUGAUAAACUGAAGAUCGCCCUGACUCAAGCUCCAAUUGUGAGAGGACCAGACUGGAGCCAGCAUUUUGAGAUUAUGUGUGAUGCCUCCAACCAUGCAGUAGGAGCGGCACUGGCUCAGCGCGAAGUAUCUGAAGUAGCUCCUUGGAGACUAACAGGAUUACUGAAGAAGCAUGAAAUUGUUCACAAAGUAGCAACAGCUUAUCAUUCCCAGACCAAUGGACAAGCAGAGGUAUCUAACAGAGAGAUUAAACGCAUUCUGGAAAAGAUAGUAAAGCCUCAUAGGAAAGACUGGAGUGCCAAGUUACAAGAUGCGCUCUGGGCAUAUCGAACAGCGUACAAGACACCUAUUGGGAUGAGCCCCUUUCGCUUAGUGUACGGUAAGGCUUGCCACCUUCCAGUAGAAAUGAAACACAAGGCCUUCUGGCUGUAA